AGGAUUGAAGAUGGACCCCAGUCAAAAUCACACUAAUGUUUUUAUCAACAAACGCAUGUACAUGAUAGGUGGCUAUUUAACUAAAGAAGGUGUGCUCACUCCACGAGGAGACGUUCUGAUGUAUGAUAAGAGGUGUUCCACAUGGAAACCUGCCGCGCCCCUCCUAACCGCAAGAAUGUAUCACUGCUUAUGUGUCAUCAACGGCCAGAUUUAUGCCCUGGGUGGAAUAGGAGAAGACCACAGUAUUCUCAAUUCAGUGGAGUGUUACAAUCCAUCCUUUAACUGCUGGUACUUUGUCAAGGCAAUGACGGAAGGGGGGAUGGGCGCAUGCGCGGCAGAAUUUGGCGGACAACUUUAUAUCGCUGGUGGUUAUGGUGUUUCAAUGGGAAAAUCAGAACCAUUUUCAAUUUUGAACAGUGUAGAAUGUUUUCAUCCCCAUUCGAACAAGUUGACACCGAAACUAAAUAUGCGCUACGGUCGUUGUUAUGCCAGUCUUGUGUCUGUUGACCAGUCUUUAUACUUAUGUGGAGGUUAUGCAAUCAACCCGAGAUCACAUGACCAUUAG